AUGACGAUAAAGUUAUGGGAUUUAGAUGAUGGUUGGGCUCGUCUUUGUUCUUUUGAAGGACAUUCACAUUAUGUUAUGCAGGCUGUUUGGAGUCCAAGAGAUUCAUCUAUAUUUGCCUCAUGUUCAUUAGAUAGGUCAAUUAAGGUGUGGGGUAUUGGAUCGUAUGGGGCGGGAUCGAAGGGAUCGUCGGGAUCGUCUGGGAUCGUCUCCAGUCCUCAUUUUACUCUUUUAGGUCAUGAGAGGGGUGUUAAUGCUAUUGCAUACUCGAACUCGGGAGAGAGACCUUACCUAGUAUCUGGUGCAGAUGAUGCAACUGUUCGUGUUUGGGACUAUCAGACAAAACAGUGUAUACAGGUAUUAACAGGACAUAAUGCAAAUGUUUGUGCAGUAUUAUUUCCUGUAGGAGGUUUGCAUGCAUUUCCUGUAUUAGUAUCUGGUGAUAUUUUUCCUCAAAGUAUUUCUCAUCAUCCUAAUGGAAGAUUUAUUGCUGUUGUUGGUGAUGGAGAAUACGUCAUCUAUACUGCACAGGCAUACAAUUUUACUCCCCCUUUUAUUGUUGAGGAAAUAUUUGGUGGUUAUCUGUUGGGGCUAAGAAGCGAAGAUGCGAUUUGUUUUUAUGAUUGGAAUAGUUAUAGGCUAAUUCGUCGUAUAGAGGCAUUACCUACUGCAGUGUAUUGGUCUGAUGAUGGUUUGUAUGUUGCAUUAGUUACAAAGGAAGCAGGAGCAUCUUCUAUUAGUGGAGACAGCAGCAAUAAUUUAUACAUAUUACGUCAUGAUAAGUUUGCCGUCAUGGCAGCAAAUGCAGCAAAAGCAGCAGAAGAAGAAAAUGGCAUACAAAUUGCUUUUGAGCAAAUCUUCCAGGCAGAAGAAAGCGUAAAGAGCGGUAUAUGGGGAGCUAUAGCUCGUGGGGAUUUACAAGCAGCAGAAGAUUUAUUUCCUCUUUUAGGGGAAAAUGAUUAUAACGAGGCAGCAAUUACACUACAAAGUCAUGGGUAUAUUGCUGAGGCUCUGUCUGUGGCUCGAGAUGAAAAACUUCGAUUUGAUUUAGCAUUGGAAAUCGGGAACCUUCAGCUGUGUGCAGAGAUAAUCCGCAGCAGCAGCAGCAGCAGCACAAUAAAGAGACAAAGUUGGGCUGCUGUUGGCGAUGCUGCGCUGCAGAAGGGUUUAUUUACUCUUGCUGCUGCUGCAUUCUGGGAGUGCGGCGACUAUCCAAGUUUGCUGCUGCUGUACAGCAGCAGCGGGGACGUGAAGCGUCUGCGUCAGCUAGCAGCAGCAGCAGCAGCAGCACAGCAGCAGCAAGUAGCAUUUCUACCAGCAUAUCCUUCAGAGAGAAGCGAUGCAUUCCCUGACUUAGAGAUCGCUAAACAGGCAGAGGAUAUAACAAAAGAAUUAUAUAAAAGGAAGAUAAGAGCAUCUAAUUAUAAUAAAAUAAAAGAAAUCCUCGAGGCAGAUAUUCUUAAUACACUACAAGAACAAGGACCUCAUGCCGAGCAGCAGCAGCAGCAGCAGCAGCAGCAGCAGUACUCAGUCCCUUAUGCAGCAGCAGCAAACCCAUUUGCUAGGCAGCAGCAGAGUCCCUUGGGUAGUCGCCCUGGUAGCUAUGAGGGUGCGCUGCAGCAGCAGCAGCAACAGCAGCAGCAGCAGCAACUGUAUAAUGAGCUGCAGCACGAGCACAGGGAUCUAGCGCAGCAGCUGCAGCAGCAGCAAGACUUCCUUGAGGAAGAAGCAAAGAGACUAGAUGAUGACAGCUGGGGUGCAGCAGAAGGGACAGCAGCACCAGCAGCAGCAGCAGCAGGUGCUGCUGCUGCUGCAACAGAAGAAGAAGCAGACAGAUACUGCGAGGAUACUGUCUAG